UUUUGGGUGCUGCACGCCGCCAGACCCGAAGCUCACCGGAAGCCGGGCGAGACAGCAAGGAUGGCCGCGAAUGUCGCAGCAGCAGCAGCAGCGACUGGGGUUCCGCGCGGAGGGCUGGAGCGUUGCCUGGAGACCCUCCACGCCGCCGCGGCCCAGCCGGAGCGCUUUCUCAGAGUCCAGGACGGACUCGCAGCCAAUCUCAACUCGCUAACGAAAACGCUGUACGAUUUCCACAAAGCGCUCAGGCCUGAGACUCUCCCAGGGAGCCCUUUGAAUGAACUGGUGAUAGCCAACUUCGAUGAAGAGCAGAUCUGGCAGCAGCUGGAGCUGCAGAAUGAUGCGGUCCUCAGCUACUUCAAGGCGGCUGUUGCUAGAAGCGUCACCGAGGAGGACCUCUGGCUUCUCCCAGAACCGGAGGAGGAGUAUCUCUCGGAGGACAAUGAACAGGAGACGGACAAUGAAGUCCAGAUGGAGGACCACAGCGUCGAUCCUGUGGAAGAGGAAAGCGACCGUGACGAAAAGAGAAGUAAACUCGGAGCAAGGGUGGACCCCGAGUUCAGCGACGAGGAUUCCGAUAUCGAUUUUGACAUCGACAAGCUGGAACGACAGACCCGACGGUCAAAGCCCGCUGUGAAAAAGAGAGGGGAAGCGUCUAUCGUGGACGACAGGUUCUUCAAGCUGGCCGAGAUGGAGGCGGCUCUGGACGCGGCAGAGAAAAAAGAAGGCAGGAAGGAGGACAGCGAUGGGGACGAAGACGAGGACAUCGAUUACUUUGAGGACGUGCUCUCUGAAGACGAUGACGAGGAGGAUGUGGAAUUUGGGGAAGCCAAGACAAAGCCGCCUAAAAGCUCUCGUGAUCUCAAAUACCGAGAUUAUUUUGAUCCCGUUGACGAGCCCAAAGAUUUCACGGGCGACCGUCUAGGCUGUGAUGACGACGAUGACCAGAGCAGGGGAGAAGACUCCGAAGCUGAAGAGGAAGAUGACAACGGAGCAGAUGACAUAAUGGAGGACACAGAUGGAAUCCAAGAGCCACGGGGGAAGGAAAGGAAGAAAGGGGGUUCUAAAAGAGUGACGUUUGCCUUGUCGUUGGACAGCGAUGAGGAAGACGAGCCAGACACCUCAGAGGGGAAGACGAGCCGUUCCCCUGAAACAAAAUCCUCCUUUGAAAAAAGGCAGGAAAAGCUGAGCGAGAGAAUAAAAUCACUCGAAGAAGAGUUGCUGAAGGAGAAGUCUUGGCAGCUGAGAGGAGAAGUGACGGGGCAGAAGCGGCCCGAAAACAGCCUCCUGGAGGAGACGUUGCUCUUUGACCACGCCGUCAAAAUGGCUCCUGUGAUCACAGAGGAGACUACGAUGGAGCUGGAAGAGGUCAUCAAGAGGAGGAUAAAAGAUCAGGCUUGGGAUGAUGUUGUACGGAAAGAAAAACCGAAGGAGGAUCCCUACGAGUACAAGAAGCGCCUGACCCUGGAUCACGAGAAGAGCAAAUUAAGCCUCGCUGAAAUCUAUGAGCAGGAGUUCCUGAAACUUAACCAGAAAAAAACUGAAGAGGAAGAAAAACCGGAACAUAUAGAAAUUCAGAAAAUGAUGGAUGCUCUUUUUCUGAAGCUGGAUGCUCUUUCCAAUUUCCACUUCACACCUAAACCACCUGUGCCAGAGGUUAAAAUAGUCUCCAAUCUCCCUGCAGUAACUAUGGAGGAAGUUGCGCCGGUUAGCGUUAGCGAUGCCGCACUCCUGGCUCCAGAGGAGAUCAAGGAGAAGACCAAAGCCGGGGACAUGAAAACCGAUGCCGAGAAGACCUCCACGGACAAGAAACGGGAGCGGAGGAAGAAGAAGCUGCUGAAGCGCAUCAAGCUGAAGGAGAAGGAGAAGCGGCAGAAGCUGCUGGAGAGGAAGGCGGAGCAAAGCCCCAAGCUGGCGAAACGGGUUUCCGAAGGGCAGUUAAAGAAGCUUAAAGCAGGCGGGGCAUCUCUUCUCAAGGAUGCUGGCAAAGACGGGGCUUUGAAGUCCUCCCGAGCGUUCUUCUCUCAGUUGCAAGAUCAAGUGAAAAUGCAAAUCCAGGACGCCAAGAAAAGCCAGAGGGAAACGAAGAAACGCGAGCUCUCUGCCCAGAAGCUGAAGCUAUGAGAUAUUUAUGCAGAUGCUGUUUUGUACCAAUUAAAGUAGACUUUCUAAUGUA